AACAACAAGCCGCAACUCUCACUGCCGACCUUCCGAGUAUCGCGAGAGCCGCCGGGCAGAGCGAGAAGAACGGGUCCAGGCAAGGCAUAGCAAUAUUCAUAUUUAGCAACAACAACAACAAGCUUCAGGAGGAUGUUUGUUCCGUUAUGUGGACUGGAGGGCUGACUACAGGUGUGCCAGCUUCACCUGGAGCCGCGGAGCAGCACGGCGGACUGUGAUUUACAGGAUGUGGCUUCGUUCCUCUGGAUGUCCGACAGACGCUGAAGAAGAGGCAGACCUUCUGAAUCAUCAAACCUUCAGUUUACUGUCUGACUGAAACUGGAUUUUCUCGCUGAAACGAUUAAAUUUCCUAAAAUAAUGUAGCAAACGGCUCGGCCUUGGAGACAUCUGACCUCUGUUCAACCCUCGCAUGGGUUCGGUGCAUCGUGUUCUAACUGUUGUCGACGGGGCUUCGUUUCAUACCCUCCUGUCAAUGAUCAGCCCGAUGGUCCGUGUUUGCUGCCGUCAUUUAGUCCAGCUGUGUUUGAUUUGACGGAUCUGUAGGAGGAUGAACGGCUCUCUGUUGACUCCGCCCAGCCCGAGGGCGGCGAACUCCUCCCCUUUGCCCCCAUCUCCCUCCCCCUCUCCAUCCCCUCCCUCCCCCUCUCUGCUGCCCCUGUCACCCCGGCCUCCUCCCCUCCCUCCCCUGGUGAGCCCCCCACCCCAGGCUCACCCGUCCUCCCUGUCCGACACCCCCACGCCGUCCCCCUCGCCCUGCCUGAGCUGGACCGAAUUCUGUGAGCUUCACGCCCGAGUAGCGGCCGGAGACUUUGCUCGCCACUUUCGGGCUUUCCUCCUGGAGAACCCGCACUACUCCACGGACUCAGCCGCCGCCUUCUGCCGGCGCUUCACCGACCGCUUCGUGCGUCACUUCCAGAGUGAGCUGGAGGGGGCGCUACCGCCGAGCUGCGCUUCUGGGAGGGACGAGAUGGUGAGCUGGGCUCCCCAGUCUGAUGCUACUUCGCUGGAAGAGGAAGCGGUGUCGCCACUGUCAGCGACUGGGGCGGCAGUCCUCCCACCGUCGAACGCCAUGCGGGCCUCGUCCAAACCGGCACCGACACGGUUGGUGCUGGAGAACCGCAGUGGGGACAGGUUCCAGGACUCGUACGCCCACGGCCAGGUGCUGCCUCCGUCUUCGUCGUCAUCAUGCUGCUCCUCAGUGGGAGGAAACAACGGCCGGCGUGAGGAGAGGGCCACCAUGAUGGCCCCUGGCAACGGGGAGGCGCCGGUGGAGGAGGAGGAGGACAGCUGGCUUGGUGUGGCGUCGGUUGGGGAAGACGUCGAGCCAGAAGACCGGGAGGCGGAGUCCUUGGAGGUGGACAGUGCCGACCCCUCCCACACUCCUCAGAUCACGCCCUCCUCUGUCACUCCUCCGCCCGGAUCCAAAGGUAACGGUACACCCAACUCCUCCAAAAACAAACUGAAGAAACGCUUCUCGCUGCGCAGCGUUGGUCGCAGCGUUCGCGGCAGCGUCCGAGGAAUCCUGCACUGGAGGAGCUCCUCCAGCGACUCGGCCCAGAGCCAGCUGCCCUCCAGCUACAGCUACACCAUGGGGGUGCAGGACGCUAUGGGUUCUUCCUCAAAGAGGAACUCUGGUACGCAGCCUCCAACGCCCACCUCCUCCAUGCCGGUGUCCCUGUCCAUGCCCCUCUCCCUGCCCCACUCCUCCUCCUCCUCGCUACCGCCUUCGUCCUCCAGCAGCGCCACCUCCCUGUCGCUGUCGGAGGCGGCCCGGGACCGCCGGCGGAGCAACGGCGAAGGAGGCGAGAAGGAGAAGUGGAGCCAUCGUCUGGAGAAACUCCGGCUGUCCCGAUCCCCUCCACCCGUCCUCACCCCGACCGCCACCGGCGCCGCCUCCACGCUGCCCCCGAGCAGCGCCGCCGCCAUGGGUCCUCCCAGGAAGGUGGGCCGACUGGUCCGGGAGGGCGGAGUCAGCGUCAGCUCAUCCAGCGACGAGCUGAGCGGCAGCCACGGCUUCUCCGGAUUCUCCUUCGGGCUGCUGCAUCACGGCACCGACAACAACAACGCCGCCUCGGCUUCUGCAGCUCAGGCAGGUCCGGUGCAGCCGCUGGCCAGCGGAGGAAACGUUCCCUGGAGGGGAGGACGCUGGCAUAAAUGUCGGCUGGUCCUCCGAGAGCGAGACCGAGAGGGCGGCGAGCGUGGAGAGGAGUACUAUCUGGAGUUCUUCAUUCCACCAAAAUCCUCGAAGCCUCGGCUGACCGUCCCCUGCUGCUCCAUCGUGGACGUGAGGAGCACCACAGCGCUGGAGGUCCCAGACAAGGAGAACACCUUCCUGCUGCAGCUGGACGGACCGACUCAGUACGUGAUCGAGACCAGAGACGCUGUCCAGAUGAGAGCUUGGCUGAGCGACAUCAGGAACGGCAUCUGUCUCAGUGAGCAGGAGGAUGCCGAAGGUGUUUGUGGUCCGUUAGACGUCAGCGGGACGCCUGAGAUCGGAGAUCGACUCUCACAAGUGUGUUAUGGAGGUAUCGGAGGCUCGUCUCCCCUCAUGGAUCCUCUCCCACCAGAGCUGCCGCCUCGAGCUCCUCUCGACGAACCAGACGGCAGGCUUCUCGGCGGAGGCGGAGCCAGUCUGGGAACGCCGUUCGCUGAGACGCCGGAUGCUACAGGUUCCUUCCUGUUCUCGGAGGUGACGGCGGCAGAGACGGUGGAACAUCCUCUCAGCGAGUGUCAGUGGUUUCACGGCACUCUGUCGCGCCUCAAAGCCGCUCAGCUGGUUCUGGCUGGAGGCCCGGCGAGCCACGGAGUCUUUCUGGUUCGUCAGAGCGAAACCCGCCGUGGAGAAUACGUCCUCACCUUCAACUUCCAGGGCAAGGCCAAGCACCUUCGUCUGUCCCUGAACGAGGACGGUCAGUGUCGAGUUCAGCACCUCUGGUUUCAGUCCAUCUUCGACAUGCUGGAACACUUCCGGGUGCAUCCGAUCCCGCUGGAGUCCGGCGGCGCCUCCGACGUCACGCUCAUCAGCUUCGUGGGCGCCACCGCUGUUCGCCAGCCAGACUUGACCAGCAGACCCCGUAGCCCUCCCCAGCCUCCUCCGCUGCCACCGGGACGACCGCCGCCACCGACUCCCCCUCAGGAGAGGGGCGCUGAGACUGAGCCUGGAGCUGGAGGAAGUGGAGGAGGAGUAGGAGGAGCUGCUGCCGCCGUGGCAACAAUGGCGACUGCUGGAGGAGCAGGAGGAGGCAGUGGAGGCAGCAGCGGAGGAGGCAGUGGAGGAGGCGUGGAGGACUGGGAGGAGAGGGACACUCCUCUCCGCCAACUGGAAGCUGUGGAGGGGGAAGAGAGGGACGGAGCAAGGGCCCCCCGAGCCAUCGAUAACCAGUACUCCUUCUUCUGAUGAAGGUCGAGGGAUAAGGAGGAGGAGGAGGAGGAGGUGUAUGUGUGUUUGUGUGUUUGUGCGAGUGAAAGCGAGAUUGGAUGAGGCGGCGUACAUCAUAGUCAUUCAUAACCAGUAUUUUUAUUUUAUUAGCAAGGAGGAGUUAAAGUACUAACACUAUACGAGAGAGAGAGAGAGAGCGCCUGCAGCUGAGCAGCUUCAUGACACUAAACUAGCCCAACAUUUCCUUUUAGCCAGAUAAGCUUUGUUUUUGCCGGGAUGCCAGCAGACCCCGAUACCUCACCACGGUCCACGCUAGCCAGAGGCCAAACACUCUUGACAGACAUUUCUACUGCGGCGAGCAGACCCACAGUGUUACGCUAUCACUGAACCAAACUCUGUUUAAAAGCUGCAUUUAGUUGUUGCAUCUUUUGUGUAACCAUCAAGCAAAUUUAUAAACAACUUUGUUGCAAAAAACUUAGCCAGAUGGGCUGAAUAGUGUUGUCAGAGAGGAGUGCUAUAGGCUACGUUAGCUGUAAUAAAGAAUAUAGAAGAAUCCUAAAACAAAAUCAAUCAUUUACCAAGUACUAAAACGCCUUUAAAUCUACAAAACUUUGUCAGUCUCAAAGCUGUAAGCCUCAAUCAGGGACGUUUCUUUAAAUUUUGGUAUUUCCAUUAGCUAUAGGCUAUGUUCGCUGUAAUAAAGAGUGUAGAAGAAGCCUAAAACAAAAUAAAUAAUUUGCCAAUUGGUAACACACCUUUAAACUAACAAAACUUUGUCAGUCUGCAAAGCUGUAAGCCACAAUAAGGGACGUUUCUUCAAAUUUUGUCAUUUCCAUUACCUUUUUCGAAUUCAAUAUUGCAUUUUCUUUCUUGCAGCACACAUCAAAUUAAUUUCACAUGUAUAGAAAGAUGCAGCUACUGACUCUGUGUCCACAUGAUCCAAGUAUAACAUUGCUAAUUAAGGUUGUUUUGAGGGUGUUCUUCAAUAAACAAAAGAGGACCGAGUAUCGAACCUUGAGGAACUCCAUUGGUUGUUCUAUGGUUGCUAAUAAUUGUAAGAUAUUUCCUGUAUUCUAAACAGAAAAAGUAUAUUUGGUAUGUCAUAGUUUCAUAACAUGGAGUGAUUAUGUUUUCUCUAAAAUUGGCAAGUUAAGGGUAGAAAUAAAGUAACUUCAGAAAUAACUUUCACUAGAAAACAUUAAUAGAAACAGGAUCUUUCCAAAAAACAUCCUGAAUAUCACAAAAAUUGCUUGUUUUACGUGUUUUUUCUAAAAAGCAGUGAUGAGCUUCAUGGGCGAUGAUCUGCUCCGUUUAUUACAGCAAAUGUAGCUCAUAGCACCACCUUGUGACAACACUACACAGCAUGUUCCUGUAGGUUAUAAAGUCUUAAAGUCAAAGACAGCAUUAAUACAUUACCCUUAAUACUUUUUUACAGUCAUGUCAUUUUGAAGAAGCUGGAAACACCAAAUCGACACGUGAAAUGUGAAUUUAAAAUCCACGAUAAACACAAUGUGUGACUGAAUGUAUAUGACUGAUAAUAAUAUGAACACUAAUGGUACGAUCACAUGUCGGCUGCAGAUGUUUCCAAGCAACAGUUGAGACAUUUCUGAAGUUUUAAUGGUACAAACUGAGUAUCUGGUCAGUUUGAUUUCAAACACUGGAGCAGAAAAAAACUAUUUCAUCCUCUUACCUCAACAGAGUGAAACACAGACAGAUUUACCUGCAGAUGAACUCGAUUGGCUUGAUUCUCAUAAAUGGUUCUUAAAAUGUUGGAGUCAGUGGCCAUGUUUUCAUUUAGUUGUCCAGUAUAUUUGAAGCGUUUGGCUUCUGUUGAUUUCCAUUAGAAAAGCUAAACUGUCUAAUUUGGUGAAGGCUACUUGAGAAAUUUUUGACUUGGGUCUAAUGGAAGAUGGAAAAUACUUUUUCUGCAAUAAGUUCUGAAUGACAUUAAACAUGGCCGACACCAGCUGACAUAAAAGAGUCAUUACAACUUUCCAGAUUGAAAACAAUUCUUUUUUUUCUCUUACUUACAAAGUUUUUUCAUUUCUUUUUUUCGAGGGUUUUUUAUUAUUAGAAACCACUGAAUAUGGCAUGGAGUUCCUCAUGGCUCAUGUCUCAGUCCUCUUUUAUUUCAACAAAAACGCUUCCCGACAAUGACUUCUUAAAGAUUGGCUGUAAAAUCUUUAAAAAUGAUUCAUGUUUUCUAUGCUGGACGUGUGUUGACUUGAAGAAAAACCUUCCAUUGCGUUAAAAUGUCAGAUUUUUAAAAAUAAGUUUGGUUCGUAGUGUGCAGUAGUUUGGGUCUGCAGCCAGCAGCAACAUUUACCUCAGUAAACUCAGCAGCAUCGUUCAGUGUAAAUGUCUCUCUCUUUCUCUUUUCUCUCUGACUCAAACAAACUGGGAGCUGUUUCAGAGAGGAAUUAUUGAUGACACCAAUAAGAAUGGCAGAAAUAAUAAUAAUAAUAAUAAUGACGGUCAGAAUAAUAGUAUUAAUUUUAUUUGUUUUUACGACACCUUUUUAUUUUGUAUGCUUACUCCAUGUAACACUUGUUCCGACUCCAUCUUGUAAUUCAAAUGUCUUUGUGCCUUUUUUAUUUUUGGGAUAAAAAGAAGGAAAAAAAGCUAUAUAAGAUUUGCUAUGAGGCCUUUAUUGUGAAGGCGACGAGUAUCCCUGUUUUCACGCUGUCUUCUCCUCCUCAGCCUCAUCCUGCAUUCAUCGAGGGUAAAAAAAAAAAGAAAAAAUAUAGCAGAAAAUGUCAAUGAAAAUACCUACUUUUUCUACUUGUGCCUUUCUGUGUCUGUCGUCUCGGCCUGCAUCAGUUCUGGAGCUCAGUCACCUCUACCGGUCUUUUCUUUGCUCAUGUAUUCGUCUAUAUGCACCCCCCCCCGGUCAUCAUGUUCUGUGUCAUUUUCUCAGUUUCAAAACUCUGUGCCUUUCUCUGUCUCUUUUCUCUCUUUGCUGGGACCGUGUGUUGAGGCCGGACAGCAUCGCCUGUCCAGCCUGUGUGGUUAGUUUCAGGUACUACAUUGAAUUUAAUGAUAAUGAUAUAAUAUAAAUAUAGUGAAACAUA